AGGGGAGAUAGGGGACGGAGGUGACAGCUGACAGAGGGAGAGAUAGAGGGAGAGGGCCUAUUAGUGACAGAGGGAGGAAUGAGGUAACCAAAACAGAUACGAACGGAGCAAAACACAGAGACGGACCAAAAGGCACACAGAGAAAGAAGAGAAUGAUUGACAACCAACCACCGUCUCAGCCAGAGUCUGCCCAGCUGAAGCCCUGUCGCUGGUGGCGAUCUCGCCGAAUCCUGCUGGCGCUCGUCUGCUCCUCCCUCGUUUACGUACUGCUGGGCCUCGGGCUCUUUUAUUACGCCCGUUCGAAGACAGGCGGCCCACCGGGAAAGCCACGGCGAGCCCCGCCCCCCUGUCUCUCCCCCGACUGCCUGAAGGCCGCGGCGCGACUGUCGGCCGCGGCGGAUCCCUUCGCCCAGCCCUGUGACUACUUCCUGGCCAGCUGCAGGGCGGAGGGCCCCGCGGCGGCCACCAGAGGGAGACAGAGAGGAGAGGAGCUCGCCCAGGGGAAGGCGGGUCUGGACGAGCGGGCACCUGGGAAUGAAAGGCGAGGGGGAGUAGUAAAUUUGGACAAAGUGACAGAUGGACAACCAAAUGCGGAGACUCUUCCAGACAGGUUAGCAGACAAACAGACAGCUCUGCUACAAGUACUAAGAGACAUUUUGGAAUCCCCAGACAGGCCAAGCUCGGCGAACUCAGCGGAGCAGAAAGUGCGCAGGUUUUACCGCAGCUGUAUGGACACGGGAACCAUAGAGAAAGCUGGGCCACAACCGGCUCUGAAGCUCAUAGAGAAGCUUGGGGGCUGGGCUGUGUCUGGAAAGUGGAAUCGCACCGACUUCAACGUCAUACUCUCUCUCCUGAUGAAAGAAUACGCCACUUUUCCAUUCUUCAGUGUUUAUGUUGGCAAGAAUCCCAAUGACAGUGACUCUAGUGGCCACAGGAAGUACAUACAGAUAGAUCAACCAGAGUUUCACAUUCCUGUGGAAUGGGACAGCAAGAAACAGAAAUCUACAGUGAAUGUCCCGACUGUGCUCCAGCUCCUCUCUUUCCAUCUCCAGUUGCUGGUUCUUUUGGGCGUGCCGUCCAGCAGCACUAAUCUGCACACGGGCAUGUUCCUACAGCUGAUGUCUGAGCUGACCCUGGCCGCCUCCCCCCUGACGCACCGCCUGCAGCAGCAGCUGCUGUACCAGCGCAUGACCUUGAAGGAGCUGCAGGCUGCUGCCCCUGACAUUGAUUGGCUAGGCUGUCUGCGGGCGACCUUUCACCCCAUCCCUGUCAACCAGUCUGAUGUUGUCCUCCUCCACAACCUGCCGUACAUCAUACACAUGUCCAAGACCAUCAGCAAAUGGCAACGCAAUCCAGAAAUGACUGGCAGUGGCCCACUCCACACCUUUAUGAUCCUCAGCCUCUUACACAAGGUCAUACCAGCUUUAAACUCUGAGUUUGCUGAAAUACAAAGAAAUCUGUCUGUCGGGCUUGGAGACAGAUUGGAUGUCAUCCCCCACUGGAAGAAGUGCAUUUUGGAGACAGAGAAAGGGUUUGACACUGUGCUCACCGCCUUGCUGAAAGAAAGAGUGGGAGAAAAAGAGGCAGAGGAGUUUAUAGAAAACAUAUAUUCCUCCCUGAAGUCCAGGUUAUCCAUGCUUAAAUGGAGAGAUGAGGAGCUGCACUCUUCUAUUCUGAACAGGGUUGGAUCUCUUACUCCAAGACUUUCAAUUAACAAAGAAAUUCUAAGUCAAGAAAAAAUAGACCAGCAGUAUUCAGAGGUGGCAGUCAGUGAAGAUGAUUACUUCUCCAACUAUCUACAGACUCUCUCUCUUCAGCAGAAGAGAAGGACCAAACUUUUCUCUCAGACGACAGCACUUGAUAUCUUGUCACUCACGCCAUCGUUUUCCAGUGAGGAGAUAAAUGUUCCUUUGGGAAUGUUUGUUCCUCCUGCCUUCCAUCCCUCCUACCCCAGGGCUGUCAAUUAUGGAAUAUUGGGGACCUUGAUGGCCAAAGAAAUUCUGUACCUCCUCCUGCCCGACAUUCAGUCCCUGAGUGAGGCCCCGAAAAAAGUCAGCGACUGCGUGUGGGCACACUAUCUCCAUCUGACCAAGAGCGCGCGCAGGACAGACCCUCCCCCACUCACUCCCGCACAGCAGCAAGCCAUAUGGGUUCAGCACACUGCACUCCAUGUUGCGCUGCAGGCAUAUGAACAGAGUUUGCUCAAGUACCAUGGUGACACCUCUCUUUCUAGCCUGUCUUACACCCAUCUGUUCCUCGCCUCCUUCGCACAGAAUAAUUGCAACUCUGAUCCAGUCAAAGAACGCUUGCCCUUUGAGCCUUUCUUCCUGGUAACUGUCAUCUGCAUGAACUCUGACCUUUGCCCACAGCCAAUGACUUGCUCCCACAAUUCCCACAAAGGUUUCUUACAAAAGUGCUGAUGUUCAGCCGAUAAAAUAAUGUCUUCUGUAAAUAUAUACUGGGAUGCCACUAAUGUGGUUAAAAAUGGUAAUGGCUGGAUGCCUGGAUUGACAGGGCAGAAUAAUAGCGAUGUCAUCACUAUAUUUUUUAGGGGCCAAGUGCCAUAUCUUUUCAUGGCGCUCAGAUGUCCUGAUGGCAUCCCUGCAUAUAUCAUGACUGGGAUAGGUUUCCCUUGAGUGCUUGCCUACAACUGUGGUAUGAGUGUGGUUAUGAUGUGCCAGGCAGUGUGUGAGUGUGAGUUUUAUGAGUCUUUUAGUGUCUGAGUGCGGUUAUAAGUCUGUUAACAUCUACAUUCUACCAAUGAUCUGAGUGCAGUAUUAUGAGGCUUAUUUAAACUGUAUGGCAGUUAGAUGUCUUUAGAGAAAGUGUGUGCCUAUGUAAACAGAAAGCAAGAGAAGAAAAAAUGACUAUAUUUGUCUAUGCCAUAGACGCCUUAGAAUUGUGAUAGAUAUAUUAUAAUACAUUUGUGCAGGUAUGUAUAUUAACAUCAAUAUGUUUAUGGUCUCUCCAGGUUAGUUUUGUUUUGCUUAAAAGUGAGACUAGCUAUCUAUGGGCUUGUAUAGAAACUUCUGGACUGUGGCUCAUUAAAAUGUUAAAAUUAUAUUAUAUGCAUUUCAAAAAUAUGUUUUAU